AUGGUCGACCUGCAUUCCCUCCCAGAGGGCUCCCGCCCCGAGCAAGCAAUCCGCAACAACGGGCCCGACCAUCUCGUCCUCGAGAGGUACAAGCUCCGCGAAUUGGCCGAGGGAUGGCCUCUCUACAGCAGAGACGCCUGUGAAUGGGAGAAUCUAAAGUCCAUCUUCCAUCCCGACGCGUACAUUUACACGACGUGGACCGGCCGAACGCAUCAUCUCGAUUUCAUCGCCGCUUCUCAGCGCGGAAUGGACGCCGGCGCAUUCAUCAUGCACCGCUGCCACGGCAUCAGCACGGACAUUUCCCCCGACGCGACCCGGGCCGUGACCAAGAUGAAAGCCACCAUCACGCAGAGGUUCACGAUCCAGGGGUGCGAGGUCGACGCCGAGAGUGAUUGUCGGUUUUGUUUCUUUUGGAUCAGGAUGCCCGACGCGAGUGAACGGGAGUGGAGGGCCAGGUAUGUGAGGCAUUGGUAUGAGAAGGAUAAACUCAUCGCCGUGAAUCCUGCAAAGGUGCCUGUUCUCGACGAGCGUCGGUUGAGCCAGUAUCCCAGUGGGUAUCGGUACCUGGCGUAUUGUCAGGAAGAAACCAUGGGGGUCAAGGUGUUGACGGACAUGCCGGGUCACAGGCGGGAGAAUGGUGUCGAAGGCGGAAGCAAGGCGUGUGGAGAGAAGCAUGAUUUGCUUUAUUGGCAAUGUAAGGCUUGGGUCGAGGGUGGCGAGGUUGAGAUAUAG